AGCGCCAUGGAAGAUGAGGCUAUUAUAAGGAAGUGGGAGGACCUAGAUAUCGACGUGCUGGUCAAAAUCUAUCAGAAAAUCGACAUUUUUGAUUUGACAUCUGGUGUGGCCGACAUAUGCAAAACAUGGCAUCAUGCUGCACGCGAUCCAAUGUUGUGGCGCACACUUGAUUUGUCAGUGUUGUCUUCCAACUACAUAAGAACUCCGUUAGAGCCUUAUGUUUAUGUGGAUGGACCGUCUGACGAACAACUCACAAAAAUUCUCAAGAUUUCACUGAAUCUUAGCCGCGGAAGCAUCAAAACUUUGAUUUUUAAUAUCAAUCUGUAUGUCCAUGAUGAGCAGUUGACCUACACUGCUGAAAGGUGCCCGAAUCUCAAGCGUCUGGUGUUACCUGCAUGGAACCGAAUCAAGAAAACCGGGAUAUGCAAGGCUAUCAAAAUGUGGAAGGAUCUAGAGUCGCUUACAAUGCCAAGCAUAGAAACUCCACUAUAUUUCAUGGAAAAAGUUUCAAAAAACUGCAAGAAUUUCUCGGAACUUAAAAUCAUGGGCCCAUGUGACAUCUUUUUGGUGAAUACCCUCAUUCGUUGUGUCCCCAACCUCAAAGUUCUAAGUCUUCGUUGUUCAGUCGUUUACUUGGACGCGCUUAUACUUAUCCUAGACGGCCUAAAGAACCUUAAUGUGCUUAACAUAUCUCAUUGUGUCAUUGUGGAUGCCCCACCACCGGAUGCUACUAUAAAAGUGGUUACGAAGCUCGAUGAUUCAGUUUUGAAAAAGGGUUCGCGGUUAAGUGAGUUCUUGACAUGCAUGGAUGAUGAAUGCAUCAUGUGCCAGAGGACAAGGGCUGAUGAAGGGCUUCUGAGGUGGUACAGGUAUGAAGAAGGACUGUGGAAACAGGAUGAGGUGAAGUCUCUUGCAGUUUGAGAUGUUGAAUCCAGAACUUAAGCUGUUGUUUCUUUUGUUUUUUUAGUUUUUAUAUAUGUGGAUAUUAAGAGAGAAUAAAUCUAUGUUAUAGAUAGCUCAUAU